UGCCCAUCAGGGUGGUGCCCCCAGCGAGGCAGCACGGCACCCCCAGGCUGCCCCGACACCCUAAUUUGUGUCUUCCUCUUGCUCAGGUACCCCGAUGCCCAUCAGGAUGGUGCCCCCAGCGAGGCAACGGCACCCCCAGCCUGCCCCGACACCCUAAUACGUGUCUUCUUUUUGCCCAGGUCCCCCGAUGCCCAUCGGGGUGGUGCCCCCAGCGAGGCAGCACGGCACCCCCAGCCUGCCCCGACACCCUAAUACGUGUCUUCUUUUUGCCCAGGUCCCCCGGCGCCCAUCAGGGUGGUGCCCCCAGCGAGGCAGCACGGCACCCCCAGGCUGCCCCGACACCCUAAUUUGUGUCUUCCUCUCGCCCAGGACCCCCGAUGCCCGUCAAGAUGGUGCCCCCAACGAGGCAGCACAGCAUCCCCAGGCUGCUCCGGGCCCGGACCCUCGAAGAGAAGAGCCGGACCUUGCUGGCGGUCCUGGCCGAGAGGAACCAGGCUGUGGCCCCCGUUGGGGCCUGGGUGGAGUGCGCCCCGCAAGGCGGUAACCCAGAGGAAAACCCGGCGUUUGCUUCCGCGUUUCUGAUAGAAGAGAAGCUGAAGGAGCAAGAGAAGACAAAACAGGAGACUCUGAAACGCUUCCAGGGACAGGUGAAACGCAGAGUAAAUCAGAGGAUCAAGCUGAGGUUAAAACAGCAGCUCCAAAAGGCCUGUGAAGCGGCGGAAAAAGAAGGCUCCAUGGCCCUGCAGACCUUGGCCUCAGCCCCGCUUCUGGCCUACAAGAGGAACACGUGCGUCUACCGCAGCCGUGGGCAGGCCGCCAUCUGCAGUUCCACGGCCGGCGGGCCCCCCCCGCAGCCGCCGAUCGACGAGCUAGAGGGAGACCAGGCCGGUGACACGUUGUUUCAACAGCGAGCCCGGGCUCUCAGCCAGACUAUGAGACAAGUCCGCCGCCGACUGGCAGCCUGCAAAACCUCGGGGGGCCGAGAGCAGAGUUUCCCGCCGGAGCUUCCCGGAGUCGGCUGGGAAGGGAGUCCCACCCGAGAGGAACCAAGCCCAACGCGCCAGCUGCCAUCCGGGCCGGCGGCCGAGGAGGCGGGGGACCAUUUGCCCCUGCAGGGUUUCCAGGACCUUCCCGCGGAGUUUCAGGAUCAAACCUCCCCCGGAGAGCAGACUCAUCCUGAGCCCAGAAGGGCGUCCUCCCCGAGUCGACAUCAUUCAGGGGCCAGCACCAACUCCCAACUUCCGCUGGUCCUACAGCCUGGGAAAGAGCAAGAGGAAGCCAAGAAUGAGCGUCAGAAGCAGUUCCUGCAAUACCGGCGGCUUUUCAUGGGUCUUGAGAGGGAGCAGGUGAAGGAGCGCCAGAGACUCAAGGAGCAUCAGAGGAAAAGCGAAAAGAUUAAGAAACAGAAAGAGCAGUGGCGUCAGAUGGAGGAGCAGAGGAUCCCGGGAACGCACCGCCGGGAAGACCAGCGUGCCGGAGAGGAGGCAUGUGAAACGAUGGCCCAGCUGCGGCUGGAGGAGACGAGAGGGACUAGAAAGCAGCAGAAGGACAGAGAGUACAGGAGGUACGUCGAUGCCCUGAGAGCCCAGAUGCAGGAGAGGAUCCGGCUGUACAACGUCACCUUGCCCCCGAUGUGCUGCUGCGGCUCCGACUUCUGGGACGCCCACCCGGACACGUGUGCCAACAACUGUAUUUUCUACAGAAACCACAGAGCGUACUCGCAGGCGCUCCGCUCGGUCAUCUCCUCCUGCGACGUGUCCGACCUAGGCCCGGCCGCGUGCCUCGCUGUCCGCGGUUUCGCGGCCGCCUACGGACGGUCGGCGAAGAAGCCCUAACGGCGGGCGCCGAAGCCGGUCCGACGCCUGGUCGUCCCCCUCGCCCCACCUGGGAGCAGCGGGUGGGCGGCCGCCGUGAGCGCUAGCCGUCCCCGCGGAGGGGCCGCGUCCUCCCGACGCCGGACCUCCGCCGAGCGGGGCGUCCUGGAGCCCGGAUGGAGCCGGACGGAUAACCAGGGGCUGGAUCUGGUCCCCGUUUUCCCCUCUCCCCAUUUUUAUAGUUGUAAUCCAUCCUCUCUAUUCUCUGCCCUUUUGUGCCCUUAAUCGGGAAGCGGGUCAUGGAGGACCGAUGGAUUCGGUGUCAGUUUUCCUCCUCCUUUCGGUGAUUUUAAGUCAGAGUAAAUUGGAUGAGCCGUGGGGAACGUCCUGUCUGACUGGAAGUCAGGGAAGGAGGAGGAGGAAAGGAGCUACUGCUCCCUUAUGCCUCCUUCUCCCCCCGCCGCCGUCUCCUCCUCUUCCGCUUCCUUCUCCGGGCCUGCGGAGGCCUUGCUUAGAAACUUCACCCCCCGUCUCCCUGUGAAGGAGACGCAAUAAAGACGUGCCUCCGUA